AUGGAUCUAGCUGAGGUGGAGCAAAAGGGCGUUGCCUUGUGUUGCGCAUCUUCGGGAGGACAUUUGGAAAUAGUAAAAUAUUUGUUGGAACAAGGAGUUUCUGUUCAUGCGAAAGACAAAAAACAACGAACAGCUUUGUGGUUAGCUUCUUCGAAUGGACACUUGAAUGUGGCGAAGUAUUUAUUAAAUAAAGGAGCAGAAGUUAACGUGAAAGACAAAAACAGGAGAAGUCCGAUUGAUGUCGCAAGUUCGGAAGAUAUUGUCGACCUUCUUAAACGUGUGGAAGAAAGACGUCAGCAAGAAAGAUCAGAUCUUGAGUAUGCAAGAAAUCUUCAGAGAGAAUGUGAGCGUGAGGAAUUCGCUUUUAGUAAUGAUGAGGAGCCACGCCGAAGAAGCUCUGGAGCUAAUCUAUGUGAUCCGAUGGAGAAGUUGAAAUUAGCUUGCGCUGAAGGGGACUUAGACACAGUGCAAGAAUUAAUAACUUGUGAGGUCGAUACAGAAACAAAAGAUGAUUCGAAACGAACGCCAUUAUGGAUCGCAUCUUCUUUUGGGUGUGUCGAUGUAGUCAGGUGUUUACUAGAUGCCGGAGCUGAUGCCAAUUCGAAGGACAUAGACGAGAAUACCCCACUACACAUUGCUGCUUUAAACGGGCAUACUGGUGUGGCAAGACGUUUGAUUCUAGGUGGUGCUAGACGAGACGAAAUAAACAAAAAAAUGGUAAAGUUUCGUAAAUAA